UACACGGUGGUUAACACGUUUCUCCGAGUAUCGAAGACAAAGACAUCAUUUGUUCAAUUAUUUAUCUCAAAGUCGUUUCCAUUCUCGUUCUAUCGAACGGUAUAUUUUUCAAACUGUGAACAAAGUGCAUCCCAUCGAUUAUUCUUCGAUCAUCGUUUUAUGGAUUAAUCAACGUUGUCAUGAGGAAUUUCCUGACGGUGGUUUUACUGACAGGCUUGUUGGCAGCCGGCACCAUAAACUGCGAGGUCCUCGAAACGAUUGCUCAAUGGCCGCUCCUAGAUUUUGCCCUUCCCUACGAUUCGGCGUACCUCGAACAGUUCCGUCCAGAAAACGUUGUGCCGACAGGAGUGGAGAUCGCUUGGCACAGAAUUUUCAUAGCCACUCCUAGACUGCGGGCCGGUGUUCCAGCAACCCUGAGCUUCAUCCCUCGCGAUUUGCCACUUGGCAGUAGCCCGCAGCUUCAGGCCUACCCAUCAUGGGAAUGGCACGGUGCUGGAAAAGGAGAUUUCAAUUGUUCUGGAAUGAUAUCGGUCUAUCGCAUGCGGGCCGAUCGAUGCAACAGACUUUGGGUUCUCGACAGCGGUAUCAACACGUCGAUCGAUGACUUCCGAGUUGUUUGCCCACCCAAAAUUCUCGUUUUUGAUCUUCAAACCGAUCGGCUGGUUCGCCAAGUCACUUUUCCUCGAGAGGUUCUGAGGCCUGACAGUCUGUUAACGAAUCUCGUAAUCGAUGACACCGCAGCUACAACUUGCGACGAUGUUUUCAUUUACAUGACCGAUACCACAGGACCAGGACUUUUGAUAUUCGAUGGCGCAACCGACCGGAGCUGGAGGGUUUUACAUGCUUCGAUGUUUCCUGAUCCUGAUUAUGCAACGUAUCAGAUAAACGGAGAAAGUUUCGAGCUUUUUGACGGUGUGGUUGGAUUAGCAUUUUCCCCGAAACAAGGUUUUCUGUAUUACCAGCCUUUGGCCUCGGAUCGUCUCUUCAGUGUAGCAACUUCAGCUUUGCAGGCAGGACCACCGGCGUUCGGGGAACAACUUCCGGUAACUCUUGUCGGACGGAAGUCGAGUCAGGGCUUAGGCCUAACGGUAGAUCCCCGGGACGACACAAUUAUAUUUUCUCCACUGACGGAAACUGCGAUCGCGUCCUGGCAACCCAGAACAAACAGUCAGAGGAUUCUGGCUUACAGCCCGGAGCAACUGCAAUUCACCGCUGAAAUACGAUGGGUCGAGAGAGAUAACGGCAAUUUGUGGGCUCUGACCUCAAGAUUCCAUAAAUUUUUUAUGCGACGAGUUGAUCCUCGAGAGAUAAAUAUUCGUUUAUUAAAAAUUCGUCCGGAAAUAAGAGAAGCCAAACCGUCGAUUCUCCACCGUCAGAUCGAGCCCCAUUGGGGAUACAAUUUCUAUAAUAAUACUCUGUCUCACUAGAAGAAUAUUUAUUAACGUAAAGCAUUGGCAAGCUUCCAUUUUAUUAAGAAAUUAAAAAAAAAAAAAAAAACAAAAAAAUGCGAAAACAAGAUUUUUUCAAACCGAGUAUUCACAGACGACAUCGUCGCGGUUAUUCAGAAAUGAGAUGUUCGAAAAUAACCGACUUUCUCACUAUUUCAACAAUACCGCAGUGCAUCAGAUUACAAAUCUGCAGUCCCAUCUCAUACAGAUGUAUACCUCGAAACUGAGGUAAACCCCGAUUUGUCCCAUUCUGAAGCUCGAUUUGCAGUACGAUUUUUAUUUUUUUAAAUUUUCGGUAAAUUGUUAAAAACGAUAGCAAGAAAAAUUGGUGUUUUUGCGUGCGAAAAAACGUCGAAUCAUCAGCGCCUGGAGGGAUAGACAAAUGUUAUUCCGAGGUAUGGUAUUUCGACGGUUGGGAUCACAGCAAGACCUCCAUUUUCGCCCGCUGCUCCGCAUCAAACUUGCAGAAAUAACAGAGCAAGUUUCGUCCUUCCGUGUCUGUGGGUCUGACCAGGAGCCAAAUUGUGCACUUAUCCCACUAAACACAGCUUCAUCGGUAUUCGGUGUAAAGUUGAGAGAUGCGGCAUCCACAAAAGUUCUGAAAACGGAGGUCUCAGUGCAUUUGAAAAAGUCAUUUUUUUCUUCGCCCUUAUGCUCAUUGUCAGAUACAAUUUUUAGCGUGUUAUUGUAUUAUCUUAUUGAUAAACUUAAUUUUUCAAAGAAUUGUAUUCACUUGUGUCAAGCACCGCGUUAAGGGGGAUCCUGCUUUAGAAAGCCGAAAAAAUCGAUUCUUUUCGGGAAUGUUUUUGGAUAAACGGAAAUAACUUGCCAUAAUGAAAUUUUCGGUAUAGUUUCAAGAAUACAAUAUCGUUUUUUUAAUGUGAGAAAUACUAAUUUGGACAUGGUUUAUGUGCAAAGUCUCUCAGCUGCGUACAGCUGCGUAAAUAUUGUCUGCAACGAAAAUUGCAUUUUUUUUUCCAUUUUCAUAUAUUUUUCUUCCACGUGAACCUAUAAAUACCCCAAAAAAUUACGAAAUUCUAUAUUUUCAGCGAGUUUGAAAAAAAAAACGCUUCUAAAGAAGAAGAAUGUCACUCGAGUGUGGUGUAAUGAUAGAAUUUCUCAAUUUUUCGGGUUUUUAUAGGUUCAUAUGGAAGGAAAAUAUAUGAAAACGGAAAAAAAUAUUUUGGAAUUUUUGUUGCAGACAAGAAUUACGAUCUCCACAUUGUUUACAGC